GGUCUCGGACAGUCUCGAAAGUUCUUGUUGGACAGUACUUUAUAUCUAGAGCUUUGCUCCCAAGUCUCGUGACGAACGUGAACCAAACCGGGAUGAACGUCUCGACUUAGAUAUUACAUCCCUAAUUUUUUGAAAGUGUUGCCGACUUCGAUCGUGCAUUUUUUAUACUGAAACUACUCUGAGCGCGCAUCCGUGCGACGUGCAAGCAUCGUAGUCAUCGACGUAGUCAUAGACGCAGGCGCCCAGCGGGCCAGUGUAUUAUAAACAAGAGAUCCAUUGAACAUUGAUUGAACAUGUCUUCGGACAAUUCUGUUAUUUCGAACGACACUCUUCACACGAACAUUCGAAUAAAGAUAGAACCUGGCACGUCAGAGUCAGAACCUAACAUGUCAGAACCCAGCACGUCCGCAUUACCGUCGACAUCGUUUUCAGAGAGGGUGAAAAGCAUUAAAGUGGAACCAGGUUUACCCACCACCACACAGAGGUUGAUAUCCUAUCGGCUACCACGAGACCUGACACUAGGUGGAAAUAUUAAGGUUGAAAAACCAAAGAAAGUGUAUACGCCAAAUCUCAAUGUACAAAGGAAUAAAAAGAAAGACGGUCCAGCGAUUUCAGUCAAAACUGAUCUGGUGAAACCGAAAAACAGCGAUCGUGGAAGGGAACGAGGGAGAGGAGACAGAGGACGUGGAAGAGGAGAUAAAGGAAAUAUAAUACAGUCUGUUGGCAUUUGGUCAGAUGGACUCUAUGUAACACCUACCGCUAGAAAGAGUGAAGGUUCCAGAGCUUCUAGUAGCACAGCGAGUACUGCAAAAUAUUCGGAGGAACCAAAAAUAAGUACAAAUAAGAUUAAGGCAGAAGAAGACAGAAAAUUAAAAAAUCUGUUAAGAGAUGAUUUUAUUGAUGAUGCUCCGGAAAUUGAUGAAAAAAUGUGCCCUCUCACGUUACCAAGAAUUAGAAAAGAUAUACAUGAUAUGAUCGAUAAUGAUAAGAUCGAUAAGAAGCCGGUCAUUUCGGAAAAUGGUGAAAUCAUAAAUGAAGAAAAAAGCAGGCAAGACAAAAAGGAAGAACUUACUAUUUCUCAAAUAAUCGAAAGCAAGGCUAAUUCUUAUACAUUAAUUCAAUUUCCAGAAUCUUUGCCCGGUUUGGUAUCCAGUAGAGAGGAAGCAGGAUCGAAACAAUCAAAUAAUUCGAAUACUCGUAGUGAGAAUGAUAAUAAAGCAAAAACUGAGUUUUGUAUUUUAAAUAAUUUAAGAAGUGGUCUCUUAGGCAAACUCGAAAUUUUGAAGUCUGGUAAAGCUAGAUUACGUUUCGGCGAAAUGAGUUUUUUCGUUGAUAUUGGAGUGCAGCAACGUUUCCAACAAGACCUUUUAGCUGUAAAAAUAGAUGCAUCACAAACCGGUGAACUUGUCAAUCUUGGUUCAGUGAGCAAUAAAUUAAUUUGUUCUCCAGACUUUGAAUCUAUAUUAGAAAAUUCAUAA